GAAAACAGUCCAAGUUCCUUUCUUUAACACUAUAGCCAAUUAGUCUUCUCAUUGCAUUUGCUACGUCUUCUUAGUACAUAAAUAUGGCAGCUGCAGCUGCAACGUGCUGGUUCUCUGCCGGCACUUCACUAUACUCUCUAACGUCCUACCGCUUCUCAACACCCAUAAGACCCUUUUCUUCUUCUUCUUCUUCUUCUUCUUCUUCUUCUUCUUCUUCUUCUUUAUUUAUUCCUAAAGCUGUACAUCAGAAUCAAGAUCCAAAGAAGGGUCUCAAGAAUUCCACCUCAGAGAAAGCAGUUGGUAAACAGAACUUCCCAUGGAGAUCAAAAGACGAAAGGCAUUUAGCAAAUAAAGAUGGUAGAAGCAGUAAAAACGAAGCAGGGCGAUCUCAAUCAACUGCAUUUAAAUCAUCUGGUCAGCAGAGGAAAGGAGCAGGAAAGGGAGCUGUAUUUGAGUCAAAGGAGCAGCAGGUAGAAACUGGUAUCAUUGAAGAUGCAACUUUUCUGAAUGCUGUUGUGAAGGUUUACUGUACACACACCGCUCCAGAUUAUUCCCUCCCAUGGCAGAAACAAAGACAAUUUGCAAGUACAGGAAGUGCUUUCAUGAUUGGUGAUGGGAAACUCUUGACAAAUGCACAUUGUGUUGAACAUCAUACCCAGGUUAAAGUGAAGAGAAGGGGAGAUGACACUAAGUAUGUUGCCAAGGUUCUGGCUAGAGGAGUGGAGUGUGAUAUAGCCUUGCUAUCUGUUGAAAGUAAGGACUUCUGGGAAGGAGCUGAACCCCUCCGCUUUGGACACUUGCCUCAUCUGCAGGAUGCUGUAACUGUUGUAGGUUAUCCGCUUGGAGGAGAUACUAUUUCUGUGACCAAAGGGGUGGUAUCAAGAAUUGAGGUCACAUCAUAUGCUCAUGGAUCAUCUGAGCUGCUUGGCAUUCAAAUUGACGCAGCAAUAAAUCCUGGUAAUAGUGGCGGCCCUGCAUUCAAUGACGAUGGAGAGUGCAUAGGGGUGGCAUUUCAGGUUUACAGGUCAGAUGAGACUGAAAAUAUUGGUUAUGUCAUCCCAACUACUGUAGUGUCUCAUUUUUUGGAAGACUAUGAAAGGAACGGGAAGUACAGCGGUUUUCCUUGCCUUGGAGUAUUGUUGCAAAAAUUGGAGAGUCCAGCACUUCGUGCCUGCUUGAAAGUGCCUUCGAAUGAGGGCGUACUCGUGCGGAAAGUUGAGCCUACUUCUGAUGUUAGCAAUGUCUUAAAAGAGGGAGACGUGAUUGUUAGCUUUGAUGGUGUCCAUAUCGGGUGUGAAGGGACAGUGCCAUUUCGAUCUAGUGCACGCAUUGCAUUUCGCUAUCUCAUCAGUCAAAAGUUCACUGGUGAUGUAGCCGAGCUUGGUAUUAUUAGAGCUGGGGAAUUCAUGAAAGUUCAAGCAGUUUUGAAGCCACGUGUGCAUUUGGUUCCUUAUCACAUAGAAUGCGGUCAGCCUUCAUACCUAAUAGUUGCCGGCUUGGUGUUUACACCACUAUCCGAACCCUUAAUAGGGGAAGAAUGUGAAGAUAGCAUAGGGCUAAAACUAUUGACAAAGGCUCGAUACUCUCUGGCAAAGUUCGACGGAGAACAGAUUGUUGUACUAUCACAGGUCUUGGCAAAUGAAGUGAAUAUUGGAUACGAGGAUAUAAGCAAUGAGCAGAUCUUGAAGUUGAAUGGUACUCGAAUUAGGAACAUUCACCAUUUGGCUCAUCUAGUGGAUUCUUGCAAGGAUAAAUAUCUAGUUCUCGAGUUUGAGGACAACUUCCUGGUUGUUCUGGAAAGGGAAGCAGCCGUAUCUGCGUCAGCUAGUAUUCUUAAAGACUAUGGUAUUCCAGCUGAAAGAUCAUCCGAUCUUUUGGAACCAUAUAUUGAUUCCAUCAGACCAGAUGAAGCAACCGAUCAACACGAGUUUGGUGAUAGUCCAGUUUCUAAUUCAGAAUUCGGCUACGAGGGGCUUCUUUGGGCUUGAUCAUGACCUAUGAAGUUAAGUUUAGCUUCUCACCUGGAGCCAUCUUCUUAUAUAUCAUUUCAAUGGUCUACUUUGACAGCUAUUUGUUCCUUGAUACUUCACCGGAAAAAAGACACAGAUGACCAGGCAAUAUUUUGUCCAUGAAGAAUCUGUGUAUUAGGGCUUUAGUGCUUUCCUUUUUGUCAAAGCUAUUGCAAGAUUGGCCACAAAAGUGGAUAAUCAUUUUCCAGUACAAAUGGAGGAAACAGCAAAAAAUGUCCUCCAGUUGAAAUUAGCCUGUGGGUGGAAAUGUUGUACUAUAGAUUAGGCAUGGAGCAUUUUUGAGUUUUUUUGUUUCACGGGUAGGAUGUAGUCUCCCUUAGGGAACAUGCUUCUCUUUAUUUAUUUUUUCGUUUUGUAAUUGACACGAUUCAAUUUUUACAACAAUUAAUAAAGGAGCUGACCCUUUCUAUUUACAUAUAAA